GCUGUGUUUUCCUUCCGGGGCAGCCCCAGCAAGGCUACGCCUCCGAGUAGACGGAGCUAUUAUCACCCGUCCCCGGCGCUUGAGCAAGGCCGAGGCCGCGGAGGCGGGGCCUUUACCUCGGUGAGGAGACGUCCGCGGGGCGUGCCAGCUUCCAGGCCCUUCCCCUUCAGAGCGGCCCCUCCCGGCCCGGGCCUCCUACCCUGUCUCUAAAGAUUUGGUGGCGUUGCCUGAACGUCCUGGACAGCCCAGGCGCAUCCUCUGCAGGUCACCCGACCCGCGAGGGCCUACGUUUCUGAAGAAGAACCGGUGGCUCCAAAGGGGUCUCGGCCAUGAGAUCACCCUCCCCUGGGACUCGGCCCUGGAAGAGGGGAGAAUUCUCAGAAGGCCUCCCACUUCCGUAGUGUUUUAAGGUUUAGGAUUGGGGUUGAAUGGGGUGUGAGAUCCCAGGCCAGAUGCCCUCUUUCACCACCAAUCAACCACACGCAUUUAUUAAGUGCCAAAAAUCGGGCCCUGCUCUCCAGCAGCUCUCUGUCUGACCUGGAGGCAGCGUGCAAAUAACUAGGUACAAGCAAACCAAAGAUAGGACACUUGGAGAGAAUGUAAAGGGAAGGCCUAGGAAAAGUGGCUUGCAGAAGACUACAUACACUUUAGCUGAGACUUGAAGGAAGCUGGGAAUCGGGAUGAGAAGGGAAGAAGUGCCUGGGCAUGAGGGAAGGCAAGUACAAAUGCUUGUAAGAAAAAUUCUACAGAUGAAGAGCCUGCUGUCAGCUUUCUCUAAAAGUGGCAGUCCAUCACCUCCUUGUUUAAGUGAACAAAUGUACCCUCCUAGGUCCUAAGCCCAUCACAACCACAUCAACUCAGCCCCCCACCCUCUCCUCCAACUCCCAAGUCCCCAGACUUUGAUGAGUCGUGGCCCUCAACAAGUCUCUCACCCCCAUCUCUUACCCCUGAAGGACAGACAGACCAAUUAGGAGACUCGGUGGUUGCCAAGUACAUGGCUCGCUUCCGGCAGGCUCAGCCCACCAGCCGCCAGGAGCGACAGUCAGCAGGUCCCACAGCUGCUGACUUCUGGUGGCUGAAACCCUCACCUGUGGGCCACCCUGAUUCCUCAGCAGGUGAGGAGCCCAGAAGAAGGGACCUCUACCCAGCCAGCCCAGACCAGACUCUGCCCCAGAAGGGAAGAGCACUGAGGAUGGACACUUGCAUGUCAGGCACUCACCAGGGCCAUAUUUCUCCUUUGGAAGCCUCAGAGGCAGCCUCGUUGGACCUCGAGACCCUGAACCUCCAGGACAGGGCAGGCCAACUUCUCCUUCGGAGUGAGAUUUCGUCCUGCAGCAACAGCAGCAGCAGCAGCACCAGUAAUCCAGUGGCCUCCAUCCAAGUUAGCUCAGAGGGCCUCUCCUCCCCAUCAUCACCCUUCCCCCCUGACCCUGGACUAGGUCCGAGCCUCACCAGGGGCCCAGCCCCAUUGACAAGGCCUCAGGGCCCACCCCCAUCUGUGGCCCGCCCAGAGGAGGACAUCCUCUUCCAGUGGCGUCUCCGGAGGAAGCUCGAGCUGGCCCAAGAGGAGUGUGUAGAUGGGUCCAAGACACAGUCCUGGCCCCCCAACAGGGCCCUGGUCCCCACGGCCAGGACCCGUGGUCAGCCUCAGCAGCUAGAUGCCCCGAGACCUGCCCUGGCCAACCAGCUAAAUCCUCUGGUCCCCUCCAGCCAUCUCCAACCAAGUCCCCCAGCCCCUCUCAGCAGCCCUCAUCCAAGCCCCGCACAGUCCCUUUAUGUAUCCCAGCAGAGUCCCCCAGUUCCCUUCUUUGGACCCCAGCAGGGCCCCUCAGCCCCCCUCUGUGGGCUUCAUCAGGGCCCCUCAGCCCCCCUCUGUGGGCUUCAUCAGGGCCCCUCAGCCCCCCUCUGUGGGCCCCAGCAGGGCCCCUCAGUCCCCCUCUGUGGGCUACAUCAGGGCCCCUCAGUCCCCCUCUGUGGGCCCCAGCAGGGCCCCUCAGUCCCCCUCUGUGGAUCCCAGCAGGGCCCCUCAGUCCCCCUCUGUGGGCUACAUCAGGGCCCCUCAGUCCCCCCCUGUGGAUCCCAGCAGGGCCCCUCAGUCCCCUUCUGUGGGCCUUGGCAGAGCCCUGCUGUCCUUUGUCCACAUGAAGUAAACUCCUCAGUUUCCCUUGGUAGUCCCCAGCCAUGCCCCCUGCCCUCAGUCCCAGAUUCCCUCCCGACUUGUCUGAGUCCUUUCCAUCUCUACUCUGGCUCCCCAGAAAGGGGUUGCAAACAAUCCCAGUCUGGGACCCCUCUUCCAGGCUCUAGGGGCCCCUCAGUGUCUAAGAGACAGGACCGAAAGCCCAGAAAGGCCGGAAACCUACACACCAAAAGCCAGGCUCCCGUGCCAGAACCAGGGCCAGGGCCAUUGCUGAGAGGGACCCUAGAGCAGGUAGUGGCUACUCAUCUCUUCCCAGGACCCUCUGAGGACCGCCCCUCACCUGAGGCCCCCCCUUCUCCCACUGAGGCUCCCCACUCCCCCGCUGAGACCCCUCCACCCCAGGAGCUGCUAGCUUUGGCUUCUGGGUUACUGGAAGCUGCGGAAGACUCGGAUGGGACAGAAUUUGAAGAGGAUGCCCUGCUGCAGGUGCUUCGGGCCAGGCGUGCAGAGCUAAAACAGUGCUUGAGGGAGGUUGACAAGCGUCUGUCCCAGCACAUGGACCUGGAGAACUUGGCCUCUGGUUCCCAGCCAGCCCCAAUGUUGGGGCCCUCCCAAGGACUCCUCCAACAGAUUUAGGAUUAAGCAAUAAAUGUUCGAUAAAUUG